UUAAGAGGGUGGAGGGUCGGGUUGGGGGUGUUGUUUGCUCAUUAUUUGACCGUGCUGGUCCGUGAGAGAGGCCGCAGACUGACGGAGCGCAGCGGCGGGGCUGGACUCUGCUGCUCCGCACGAGGAGAGAGGAGAGGAGAGGAGGUGUCAGUGAGAGGAGCAGAGGAGAGCCAGAGGAGUUUCUGACAGCUGGAUGGUGAUGGAGACUCUUCAUCCUGAAUAUUUUGGAUGAGCUGCGUCCUCAAAGUGAGAACAAGGAGCAACAGGAGACGAGGAAUUACAAGUUUACCGGAGAUUAGACCUGGAGGAUCCGCUCUCCCUGCUGAAAGGUCCAGGUCUCUUCCGCUCUCCCUCAGUCUAUGGUUCGGGUCCAGCUCUCUGUCGCUCUUUCUUGGUCCAUGGUUCGGGUCUGUCUCUCUGGUCUGGGUCAGUUCUGCAGCUGGAUGAGGUGAUUUAACCCGUUCUCCCGCUGCUGCUUCUCGGUAGUCUCGGCUGCGCACGGUGAGCUGCUGCUGCGCUGCCGUAGAGGAAUGCAGCAGCUCGGUCUGUCAGACUCGGUGCUGUCUGUCUGGAUCCUCCACACAGCACUCUCUGCUCCAGGGGAGAUAUCCCGGCACGGCUUGGCACGGAUUUCCACCACUAAGUCCUCUCACCAGCUGAAACCUUCAGAUCUGGACUGACAGCAUCAUGAAGACCCAGAAGUCCCGGGGUGUGACAUCUUCACCAUCCUCCAAACGGAAACGUCGCUUCACGCUACGAGGCAGGAAGAAGAAGGACCGUGUGAUCCGGGGAAAGCUCCGUAUCCGCUCCAUGCCCGGGGCCUUCCUGGUGCUGGGGGUCAUCGUGGUGGUGGUGGGGACCGCUCUAGCAGUGGCGGGCUACUGGCCGUACCGCCUGUCCAGGUCGUCCUUCUUGGGUUCUGCAGAUGGGGACAGUUUCUCUGAGUCGCAGAGUACGCGUUGGAGCAUGGGAGCCAAGGGUCUCCUCUCUACGGCAAGCCUGAUCCACAGCGAGAGGAUGAAGCUGCUGGGCCCUGUCAUAAUGGGGGUGGGGCUCUUCAUCCUCAUCUGUGCUAACACUGUGCUGUAUGAGAACCGUGACAGAGAGACUCAGAUGUUGCUCGCUCAGAUGCGGAGCGUGAUCUGCUCAGUUUCAGCGGCGGUGCCAUCAGCUGACCUGACAGAGAUCGCAGCGGUGAAUUCGAUGACCAAACAUUACCAGUGGGUGAGCAGCUUACCUGCCGCUCACCUCAACAUCCUAUGUCUGCAGCAGAUGACCAGCUCAGAGCCGCUCCUGCAGACGCGGAUGCCGGAGACAGAGGACGGCGUGGAGGGCAUCUACCAGCAGGCUGUCCUCCACCACCAGGAAUCUGAUGCCCCGCCGUCGCUCCACUCUUCCCACUCUGACUCCUGUAACUCCAGUCAGACAGAUUUAAACACGCGGGGAGGACCCAAGCAGAAUGACAGUACCAGCUUCCACCCACUGCUGUCCGCCUUUGUCAAGGUCAACAACCACCUCCUGUCGGCGAGUUCCAUGUCCACACUGGGGACGGAGGAUGUUGACAUUCCAGCUGCCCACCCGCGGCGCUGUCACAGCAUGAGCUACAGGACUAAACCGUACAUCCACCGCAGUAGUGUGCGUCCAAUGGGAGGACGCCAAACACCACAGGGAGAGGAGGUGGACGAGGUAUGUGGAGCAACAAGGCGAGACACGGGGUCAGAGGUGUGCGUAAACAUCCCACCGCAGGUCAUAGACGCCACAGAGGAGCAGACGCACCGGAGCUGGCCUCGGUUAGACCUAGGUGGCGGUAGGCGGUACCUGAAACUGGAGAACAAGGAGGACUCGGUGGACAAACUGCUGGACCAGUUAGAGCAGCAGAGCUCGCAGUGGGAUAAAAGCUUUGGGUCGGGCCCAUUCCAAUGAUGCCGAGGAUACAAAAACAGAGAGUAACCAUGUUUUCCCCUGGAUACUGAGAUUUACACAUACUUAUGUUCAGGACGGAAGGAUACCGACUUUCUCCUGGAUUAGUUUUUCUCACAAAGAUCUUCCAAACCUUUCUGAAUCUUGGCUGGAGUAUUUCUACACAGAUGUCCUGUUCCAUCUUUGCUGGAAAUGUUUUAUAAAAAUGAAGGAGUGAAUAUAUAUGCAGACCCUACACUGUCACAGACAUGUAGAGCAGUCCACGACCCUGUUUACACCUCACAUUAACACCCAUGCUGGGUAAUCAGAUUCAAAGUGGUAAUCUUCAGUGCUUUGAAUAAAUGCACUUUAAUGUGUACUGAGAACAGUUUGAUAACUGAUAGCUCAGACUGCAUACAAAGGUGGUCUGGGAUGUCUUCAUCUGGACUGGAUUGGUUGUAUAGAUGUAACACGUACAGGCACAUUAAAGACCUGCCCUGAUAGCUGAUGUGAUCUGCUGUAUUCUGCUAAUAAACAAAAAGCAUGGCUUUAUUUGUGUCUGUCCAGCCUCAUUCAGAGAUGGGAUCCAUCUCUGUCUAAAGAUUGGGAUUAUUUGUGUCAGCUCAGUAAUAAGAGGCAGUUUUUGUAUUUAUGUCAUUAAAAGCAACAACAACAAAUAUAUUUAAAAAACUGUCUCUCAAUUAGGAGUAAGCUGCCAUCAUUCACAAAAGGAGCCAGCUCUUAGAACUAGCUUAUCCAGGAACAACACAAGACCGCCUUGUAAUUAAAUGAUUUUUGAUAGUUGUGAUCUUUAAGGAUAGGUAUUGUUUUGGUUUUCUGAUACUGGUGCUAAAUCCAUUCUUUUGAUUCGGUGCCAGAGGAAAAAGUUUGUUGAAGUUUGUUCCAUAUUCAUUUUCUUGCCUUUCAUUUGGGAUGGCGGGGUAUUGGAAUGACGUAUCGAAAUCUGUGUUGUAAUUCUGUUCGAUAGACAUCAGAUAUGUUGGUACUGGUACCAUGUCAGUACCGGAUUUCGAUACUCAUCUCUAGUUAUCCCGUAUUGUUGUUUCAAUCUAUCCAGACAGUGAAGGUCAGAGGUGAGCUGCUCAAUA